GGUAAUGAUUUUCUUAAUGAUCUAGUUUGGAAUGUUGCCUUUUAUGCAUCUAGGUAUCGCUAUUUGAAUCCGAUCUUGGUUGCCGGCAUUCAAGAAUUAUUGCUAAAGUACUAUUCUCGAUCGAAAAAGACUAUUCAUGAAGAAUUAAGUUUCAAGGCAUAUAUCGGAUUAGUAUUGAUGAUUUCACGAGUAUCACAGGAGAAAGCAGAAACUCUUUUCAAAGUAGCCGAAGAAAAGUUUCUUUCACACGGAGUAUCCGUCUCCAAGAAGGACAUGGUGGCAUAUCAUAUCGGAAAGAUUUGGCUUGCGAAUACUCCCGAAGAAGUUGUUCAUUUUUUUAAUGAGGCGUUACGUGAAUAUGAACGGUCAUCGAAGUUGUGGUUGUUUAUGAUUCGGAAAUUGAAUUCAAUGGGGUUACUUGAUGAGAAGCGCUCUUUGAUUAUUCUUGCAAAAAUCGUCGAUACUGGUAUAAUUAUUCCUAAAGAUAUUGUCACCGAGUUGCUACAUCCAGUUCAUGAUUUACUUAUGUUGGAAGAAAUGUACAAAUUGCUAACCAAUAGAAAGACAAAUAAAAAGAAUUGGACAAGCAGUCUUCUCCCAAAGUAUAUCCUGUUAUUAUAUCGAAACAAUCAUGAUGUUAUGCGACUUCCUCAAACUGUAUUCCCCUGGGACCAUGGGAUUCAGAAUCAGCAAGGUAAAUACAAAGGGUUUGACAGCACAGUGGAAUAUGCUAGGUAUCUCUACUGGAACCACGUUCCAACAAAAUCGAUAUACUAUGUUGGGUUAAUGCUUGAAGGAGAAGCCAAGGCAAACCAUAAAAAUGUUUUCUCGUUGUAUAAACUGGAAUUACUUGAUAAAAAUUUGUCACCAAAUAUCCAAUGUUUGGGAGUCUUACUCCAAGUUGCCACAAAGCUUGGAACUACCCAGGUGUGGAAUGGUUUAACUCCACCGCAAGUAGCCAUCAAUCAAUUCCAAACUCAUGUCAAAGCCGAUGCUAGUGCCUUUGGUAUCAUGCCCGAUGAUUUGUUGUGGAAAAAGUAUAUUGAGUUAUUGCUGAAGUAUCAGUAUAUCUCGGAGGUUUCCAAGAUCAUGAAAUGGUGGGAAGAUUUGAAGUACAAUCCUCCCAAAGAUGUCCUUGUAGUAUUGUUGAGCGCAUUGCCCGAAGAGUACGCAAAACGCCAUAUUGAACAUAUUUCCAAACUUAAACGGGAAACCAAGACAGUUGCCAAACCUAACUGGGAAUGGCCCACAUACGAAGAAUACGAAGACUAUAAGUCCCGCAAUCGUGUGUGAACAUGUAUAUAAUAUUUAUU